AGAGGGAGAGAGAGGGGCUGUAUUUUGUGUCGCACCGUCUAUUGAGCAAAACCGAAGGAGGAAAGGCGAUAAUGAACUGCAGGAGCGCAGAUCAAAUGAGCUCUUGGACGAGUAUCUUGCUCGCGAUGGAAAUACAAAUGAACUCGAUGGCACCGACGCUGAAUGACAAAACGGAGCGCUGGAGCGAGGAGAUGAACAAAUGAUUUCAACUACUAACCACAGGCAUAGACGGCUUCAUAGAGCAGAGUGUCACUAUGGUGCCUGUACUCCAGCUCUUUCUUUUAUUACAUCUAAUUCAGCCAAUCACAAAUUAUGUCAAUGGAAAUUCUCGUUCUCCUCUUUCCAAUCGCUUAAAACAUGACCUGGUUUCCUAUCGUGCAAAGAGCCAGACUGAUGCAUUUAUCAAAAUGAAAGAUCAUGGAUUGGCUGGUAAUCCUGCACUAGAAAUUGACAGACCAUUGCUUGGUAGUUUUUAUGGAAAACGUUUCAUGAAGUCAAACAAUGAGCGAAAUGAAAUCACAAACGCUGCACAUACAUUGUCAGCAAAACCUUCACACACUGACAUUCGUAAGUCAAGAGUUACAUUUCUAGUAUCCCAAAAAAAACGAGUCAAAAGAAGACCUUCCCAUACUGACAAACUACCACAAGAUCCUGUUCAAACAGUUGAACCCACAAGCCAUUUAACUGAAUUGUCAACAUUCACCAAUCAGAGCAUCAACAUUUUACUCCUUCAUGAAAGAGAGACUGUGGUCGAGUCAUUUAUGGAUGGAUCAGUAAACACCGAUUGGUCAACAGUUGGCUCCGGCGAUGUGUUUACACCUGCAAAUACUGAUUUGACGGUGUCACCAACAGAAGUUGAUGCACAGUACAGCCCACACAUCCAGAUGGCAUCUAGUGUCCUAGCAAGUGGAGGCACAGCAGAUCCAACAGUCAUCCCUAUACUCCAAACCAGCCCGUCUGCAAGUGCACCUGCUAAUGAUUUCCAGGCUACUUACAAAGAGAUGGGCCAAUGGGAUGUUAAUAAGACUCAAUUGAAAAUAGAUAAACCUACUCCAGCUGUUAUCCAGACAAAAACACAGUUAACAACCUUACCACCUUACAGUAAAGGCAGCGAUCUUAGCACAAGCACAGCCAGCCUACAGAUAAAGACACCAUUACCAGAUGUAGACACCUUUAGUUACAACUACUCGCAACCAAAAGUCACUUCAGCAACAGUGUCUAAUAAACAAACAAAGGAGGCAGGAAAUAAAGGAGUGGUCAACAGUACUACAGAUACACCAAGAGACUCUUCAAAUCUGACUCAGUCCAGCGAAAAGACUCAAAACAAAACUAAAGGUACGCCCACUCAUAAGAACGCCUCUUCAGGCCCGAGUAGACGGGGUCCCUUCGUCUUCUCUGAAAAGACUGAAGGAUAUGCAGAAGAUCUCUCAGUUUCCUAUGAAGUAUUCUCAUCUGUAAAGUCAAGCCCUGCCUCCCCUACCCCUGUCAUAGCUAAGGAGCCCUGUUCAACUGUUGCAGGCCCCUGUGUUUUAUCCAAAAAUCUAAAUCAUCUUAAUAAUUUGAAUUCCACAAAUGGGAGCAAACUAGUUUGGGCAGACUUGCAUCGCACAUUGUCAUUUGCAUGGGAACUGCAUGUAUUUGGUUCAGCUACUCUCUUCCUUCUACUGACUGGUGGUGCUGCCCUUGGCCUAGCGUUGGCUCCCAGCAUUCUCUGCCUUCAGCGUGGUGAACUGGUGCUGACAAAUAGUCUCUUGCUUGUCGCAGGUGCGGUUAGAGCUGGCCACUUGUUUCUUGAUCCAUAUGGGGCACGGCUCCUCUUACCACCCCCUGUAAUAAUAGCUUUAUACACGCUAUCAUUGCCACUUUUAAUUUUGGCACAGGCUGCAUUGGUGAUACUGACACUAAAAGAGGCAGGAGUGAAUUUGCUACCCCCAGCUUUUCAGCGCCCCCCUCUGUUGGGAGUGUUAGCUAUUUUACAAUGUACUCUGUUACUUGCUGCAGACUUACUUUCGCCUGCACUCUCACCAGCUGUUCCAAUCGUUCUACAGAGCCUCACGUUGACUGCAGGGCUGGCACUGUGCUUAUGGUACCUGUUCCUGGCUCUGCCACAGCUUGCACGCAACCAUGCAGCCCGGGCUGAAAAUAAGUCUGUGGGUGAUAGGAAGGUGCAGAUUUUAGCACGGGUAUUGGCAGUAUGCGCUCUUCUUGGGGCACUGUGCUGUCUGUUGCAUAUAUAUGCCUGCUUGUGGCUGUAUGGGCUUCUAGGAGAUUGGAGGCAGUAUCGUUGGGGAUGGUGGCUCUGUCACUUCUGGGCACGUCUGUUGGAGCUUGCCUGGGCUUUCUGCAUGCUUCUAGUGUCCUCAUGGGUUUUCUGGAGACCUAGUAGAGGCCAAAUAUGUAGAGCAUCAAGACAGGAAGGACCUGCCACAGAAACCCUUCCUUCCCCCUGUCAGUCAUUAAAUUCUACCAACAGACAUACUUGCUGGGCAAAGAUUGUCCAAAGCUUGAAAGUAAGACAACAAAGAAAAUCUGAAAGCAAUGGAAAUGGAGGGUCCAGCAGUGGUGUAGUGGUUGGAGAAUUGCCCAAUAACUGGGCAGGGCAGGAGCGAUCAGGGGUGGACAUUAGCAAGAGCCUCAUACGAAAUCGAGACCAACUUAAAGACAGCAAUCAUGGUCGCAAUAUGAAUAGUUUUGCAGGGGGCUCAGCAGGUUCAUUGUUAAGGCUUCAGUCACUCGCUCAGCCGAUUCAGCGUUCUUUAAGUAGCAGUUUAGCAGAUAGGGACAAGGAGUCGGUCGUCUCACUUUAUGACUUUGAUUUGCGCCCUCCAACCCCAAUCAACUUGAGUCGCAGUAUUGAUGAGGCACUUCACCGCGAGCAUCUACUAAACGGAGGAAGCCUGUUUCAACCAUUGCGACCGCCAUCGCCUCCAUCUCCAAGCCUUUGGAUGCGACGGAACAGUGAUCCUCAAACGCUGUCAUUGAGUAGUAAUGAGCACACAUUGCUCUCAGAAUCCUCAGAAGGUCUGGGCCGCUGCAUCCCCAGUGCUGUGCCCAGUCGACAAGUCACAGCCCCCCCUACACCUACCCAUCAGGGCUUCCGUUGGGUCUCAGAGGUACCAGUGCAUUCUUCUCUGUCCUGUCCAGUUUCAUUGCACCCCUCCCCAAGCACCAGCUGUGCCCUGGAGCCCAGUGCAGAAAACACCAGGCUGUUUUUGACCCCUGAUAUUGAAAGUUCACAAUCAAACAACAGAGUGGGACAGAGCUACCUAAGAGUGAAUCAACAAGAUGACUCUGUCAGCAGUGACAUAAUUGACCUUUGAACUUGGUUCUGAAGACUAGAGCCUAAAGCACUUAUUGACAAUUUGCCGAAAAGAAAUCUGGUGUCAAUCUGAAAUGAACUCUGAAUUUUAUAAAACUUCUAAUGGUUCCUUUUAAAUGUUACAGGAAUGUUUAUGGUUCAGUACAAUUUAAGCUCAGUUAAAAGUAACUGUGGCAUGCUGUCAUUUACCAGUCAAUAAUUUAAUUUGACCUCAUGACUGUAUUUGAAGAGCUCAAGAUGCCAAACCCUUAGUGCGCCUUACCUUUUCUUGUAAAUUAGCAUUUUUUCAUUAUGCUGUUAUUGUUUUGGCUCAGUAAUUUCAUUGCAAUGAAAAUUUUAUUAAUCAGUAAUUGAAAUGCCUUAAUUUUAGUCAUUUAAUUUAAGUCACUUUAGUAAUUUAAUUGGUAUUUAACACUGACUUUCGCUGCAAACCCUUUAAGUACAAAAAUCUCCACGUCUAAAAAAGUCUCCAGUCUCUCUUCAAUGUUAUUUCUGAAUAAAGGUAAAAGGCUCAAAACUUCAGUCAAUAUAUUCAGUAAACCUCCUUUAACCGGGUAAAAUACUCUUGCACCUUGCAUCCACUUUUUCUCCCAUGCAUUAGAUGACUUUGCUGAAAACAUUUUGUAGUGUUUAACAGAUUCUGCCAACAAACCAGUAUUUCUGGAUGGCCUGAGGCCGGGAUUAAGCAAGUUUAAAAUGUAUUCUUAUUUGAUGAACGUAUAAUCUGGUUAAUAUCCUUAUCUCAUUAUUGACGGAGGUGGCAUUUAGCGGCUUUUGCAUCUGAACUCUGCAUUUGGAAAAAUGCAUUCCUGAGGGAUUAAAAGCAAAAUUGUAUAUUUUUGAGAAGUAUGUGAUGUAUAAAUUCUAAAUGUUGUUUUCUGAGAAGUUUUGUUCUAGGUGGAUAAAAUUAUGUUAUCGGUGUAAUUCCAAUAGGAGUUUGCUUUAUAUGAACAUUGCUUUAUAGAUAGCUAUGUGAAAUUUCUUUUGGCAUCACUACAACUUUUGUUUGAUUUUACAAACUGAGAUAAGAGACUAAAUAGUUUGUUUCCAUCAGCAUUAUGCUAUCAUAAUGUCUUUUAAGCAUUGGAAUUCGACUUCAGGGACUAUCUAAAAGACAUUGUAAAGAGCUACGUCUGGAUAAAGUGUUUUUCUAAUGGAAAAAUAUAUGUGCCAAAUUAUGUUGGCUUUCUGGUCAAUGCAUCAACCAGCAAAUCUAUUUUCAAUAUGUUCCUGAUAUUCAACAAGCCUGAAAAAUAUCAAUCUAUAUUCAUUUAUUAUCUAUGUUUUUUCUUCCCUGUAGUCAUAUUUGGUAUAGUAAUACUUACGUACAUUUAGGUAACUUAGGGUGCUUUUAACACAUGCCCUGUUUAGGUCGGCCCAAAUUACGUGCUGGUCCGAGUAUGGUUCGUUUGGGUCAGUGUGAACACAACAGGUGUUGCAAAACUCUGCACCAUGGUACGGCCUCGGAGCGCCCCAAAAUACAUUGUAUAAUUUUUCAGUUAGUGCGGUCCGUGUUCACAUAUUUUUUUUACUGUACUAGAAAUGCUGCACCGUACACCUGUGACAACGGUCAGCGCUGUCAUUGGUCUCUGACAGCUCUUACCGUCUCAUGACCACCCCCACGUUUCCAUGACAACCAGCCUGACAGGAAGAGCGCAGCUAUCAAGAUGUGGAAAUAAACGAUGCACGUGUUUGUGAAGUUUCUUUGCUUUAACGCGAAAUUGCGUAGCUGUUUUAUUAAAGCCUCACGGAGCCGUUUGCUAAAAGCCCGUAAUGUCACUAUUUGUGUGUGGAAGACAGCUAUGCAUUUAUAAAAUCAUCAGCUCAAACGUAAAGGAGACAGCGAAUCUCUGCAACGGACCAGGAUUGGCUUGUUUGUUGUUAACCCACAAUAUAACACCCGGCUCAUGUCACGAGGGAAGCCCAGUGGCUCAAACAUGUGGAGAACUUCCUGUAUUUGGUUCGGCCCGAGGUCCAGCAGUGUUCACACCACAGGUGGGGCGCCCCAGAGUUCGGCGACAGCCGCUCCGAGACCACCUGUUUAGAGCGGUCUCGGAGCGCCGUUUAGUGCGCACCCGAGUGUGGCUGUUGUGUUCACACUGACCCAAACGAACCGUACUCGGAGCGACACGCCAUUUGGGCCGACCUAAACAGUGUAUGUGGGAAAACACCCUAAGGUGCAACCCAGUUGUGGUGUAAACGUUGCUCAACCUUGGCCGAACCAAAUACAGGAAGUUCUCCACAUGACGUGAGCCGGGUGUUAUAUUGUGGGUAAACAACAAAUAAAGCCAUCUUGGUCCAUUGUAGAUAUUUGCUGUCUCCUGGUGGUGUGAGUUGAUGAUUUCAUAAAUGCAUAGCUGUCAUCCACACACAAUAGUGACACUUUCAUUAUUUUUAGCAAACAGCUCCGUAAGAAGGGCUUUGAUAGAGUAGUUUCACGUUAAAGCAAAGAAACUUUGCAAAGGCAUGCAUCGUUUAUCUCCAUAUCUUGCUAUCUUCGCUCUUCCUGUCAGGCUAGUUGUCGUGGACGUGGCGGGGGAGUUCAUGGGGGUAAGCACUGUAAGAGACCAAUGACAGCGCUGACCGUUGUCACAUGGUGUAUGGUGCUGCGUUUCGAGUACGGUAAAAACAACAUAUGUGAACACGAACUGCACUAACUGAAAAAUGAUACAGUGUAUUUUGGUGCGGCCUCGUGCCAUGUGUGAAAACACCCUUAAAUAAGCUGGCAGUUUUAAGAAUUGCAUAUCAGGACUCUUGGUUAGAUGAACUUUGGUGUGGGAUAUGUUGGUGAAGGCUCGUGCAAAAGUCCAAUAUAUUUUCAUAUUACUACACAAACCCCAGAAUCUCUGUAAUUUUGUUUUGUGGCAUUGUAAUGUUUUUCAUGUGUAAAAAGAAAACUAAACGCAAUAAAGGAUGUAAUGCACAGACAUGUUACUCAA